AUAUCAUUUAGCUUAAACUAUUGGACAAAAUAAUUUGUUUGUUUUGUUGAGCAAAAACGAAACAUUUUUCAAAAUUUGCUUUAUAUUAAAACAAAAACAAAAAAACAAACAAAUCAGAGAAUGAGCGAAACAAAACCUUUGCUUCAAGAUGAUGAUAACGAAAAUAACGAUCAACAAGAAUUAAAAGAUCUGCGACCAACAACCUCAUUGAUGGUCAAUAAAAAUAAUAAUAAGAUUCGUCACCGAAAUACUUUUGCUGAAAAACAAUCGGAAAAAAUGAGUAAAGCAAUUGAACCAUCACCAUCAUCAUCAUCGUCGUCAUCAACUGGAACACCUCAAUCAUCAUCUUCAUUAAUGACUAACAAUCCAAAUAGUGCCAGUUCAAGUACUCGUUAUGGUACACUUCAAUCAAAUCGUGCAUCAACAUCAUCAUAUGGUUUCAAACGUACCAUGUUGAUUGAUACCAGAUAUCCACGUACAUAUUUUACUCGUAAACAAUUUUUCAUUGCAGCCAUUUCGAUGUUAUUAUUUAUCGCUGCUGUUACGGUAACAUUGAUAUUCGGUCUACCACGAUUGAAAGCUAAGCGGGAUGAAUAUUUUGCUGCUCGGUUCUAUGAAUCACCCUUACCCGAAGUUUUUAAUUCAAAAUUUGCUGUCCUUGUUAGCGAUAAUGAAUAUCCAAGCUGCGCUGAUGCCGGCCGUGAAAUGUUAAUGAAUAGGAAUGGUUCAGCGAUGGAUGCUGCAUUAGCAUCAUUAUUCUGUGUGACUAUGGCAUCACCGCAUUUAGUUGGAUUUGAUUCCGGUUUUCGCGGCCUUGUUUAUUCGAAUCAAAAACCUUAUACUUUCGAUGUGAUGGAACGAAGCUUUCCAUUGAAACAAUCAAAUUCGACAAAAAAACCUAGUCUAUCAUAUCCAGUUCUACCGAUUGCAGCCCAAUUACUUUGGAAAAAUUUUGGAAAAGUUUCCUGGCCUACAAUAUUAAUGCCAUCUUUAUGGUUGGCCGAAAAUGGUUCACCAGUUAGUGAACACUUGGCAAGAGAAAUUCGUGCCAAUGAUAAAAGACUUUUAAAUGAAUUUAAAAUAAUUCGCGAUCGUUUUGUUCGAUCGAUAAAUUCAACUGAACGUUUAUUGAAUGACGGUGAAAUGUAUAAAAAUCCUUCAUUAGCUGCAAUAUUACGAUCAAUUUCAGCCAAUGGAUCUAUGGCAUUAUUUCAGGAAAGUUACGUCGAUGAAAUAAAUCAAGAACUAAAUGAAACAAUUUCGAUUCAAGAAUUUCGUUCAUUUCUUACCAACACUGAAUUGAUUACUAUCGAUGAACCAUUUGUAUUUUCAAUGUUUAAUUCAAAAUUGAAUAUUCUGACUGGAAGCUUGAAAAAUUCAAACGAAGCAAUUACAUUGGCAUUUAUGAUGAAAAUCCUAGAAAAACUUACAUAUAAUGAAAUAGAUUCCGGUUCGAAUUGUCAUGUUCUCAAUGACGAUGAUGAUAAUCGGGCUAGAUCUUUGAAAGAAGGUGCAUUAGAAUUUCAAUAUCUACUUGAUACGAUUCAAUUCGGAGCAGCAGCAUUAGCUAAACUUCGCGCGAAACAAUCGAAUGAAUCGUAUCUAUUGAAUCAAAUCUAUAUUGAUCAAAUUGCCAAACAAAUAGCUGAAAGUACUGCAAAAAAAAUGAAUCAACGAAAUAUGGAAUAUUUUGACAUCAAAAAAUCAUUGAUAUAUGAGGAAUUAAUUCCGAAUGAAAAACUGAAAGGACAUAACGUACAAAUCACCGUUUAUGAUGGACGUACAGGCGAUGUAGUUACGUUGACCACAUCUAAACGGCGAUCAAUGUUUGAAGGUAAACAUAAAUUCAUUUCCAAACGUACAGGAAUGGUGCACGAUAUUUUCAACGAUAAUGAUGAAACAUUUCAAAUCCAUUCGCAAGUAUCAUGGCCAAUAUUGAUUAAAGAUGUCCAACAGGAAAUCAUUCAUCUAAUCAUUGGCAGCGUUGGUGGCCGUGGACCAUUACAAUCAUUAUCAGCUGCUGUUCAAGUAAUGAACAAAAUUUUUCUCAAUUGUCAAACAUUAAAAAGUUCAUUAGAUGAAUCAAGAAUUUUCUAUCAACCUCCGGAUACAUUUUUCUAUGAAUCAAAUUUUCCACGUGCUUACAUUGAUCUAUUAAUUCGUAUGUUUGAUCGACAAAAUCUAUGGUCAACAGAUGAUAAACAACAAAUCAACAGAAGUAGUCAACAAUUGGAUGAUAAUGAUGAUUACACAGAUGCUUCAACGUUAACGACAAAUCGAUUAUGGUUAGAUACUGGUGUCUAUGCUAUGAUGAUGGCGACAACGAAGACAUUGUUACAACACAACUAUGGUGUUAGUGUUACCAAAAAUGACGAAAGCAGUAUUCAACAUCAACAACAAUCAAAUAAUUUACAUUCAAUGAUUGAUUAUCGUACGGAUGGUUAUAUUAGUGGGCAAUGACUCCUAGUGAUACAAAUCAACGACUGUUAAAAUACGUUGAAACUGAAAUACA